AGCACGUUCUAUGAAGCCUGAUAACCGUACAUUUCUCGUAUCUGGAGGGUCGUCCGGCUUGGGUCUCGCAACUGUCGAGAAUCUACUCAAUGCCAAUGCUUAUGUCGCCGUUCUCGACCUCAGGCCGCCUCCCACUCCUCGUAUAGCCGAAUCCAGUAGCAAGCUCAAGUUCUUCCAGACUGACAUCACGAGGGUCGAGGAUAUCGAGAAGGCGGUGGACGGUACCGUCAAAUGGGCGAAGGAGACGGGUGCACGGCUUGGAGGUGUCGUGAAUUGUGCGGGUGUUGGAACUGCUGCGAAGGUCUUAGACUUUCAUGGAGAGCCGCAUUCUCUUGACCUAUGGAACUUUGCUAUUCAAGUUAACCUUACCGGGACGUUCAACCUUACGCGGCUGGCGUGCAAGUACUUGGCACAGGUGGAACCAGAAGGACCAGACGGAGAGCGCGGAGUGGUGAUCAUGGUUGCUAGCUCUGCUGCCUUUGAAGGUCAGCCAGGUCAGACAGCCUACUCUGCCUCCAAAGGUGCUCUGGUCAGCAUGACCCUCCCCAUGUCCCGCGACCUAGCCCGACACGGCAUUCGCGUUGUCACUGUUGCUCCCGGAGCGUUUGCUUCUGCUAUGACCGACAGAAUGAGUGACAAGACAAAGGCGAGUCUGUCGAGGGACCUGAUAUUCCCGAGGAGGUUCGGGACUGCGGAAGAGUUCGCGCAGACGGCGAGGUUCGCGGUGGAGUGCAGUUAUCUCGAACCAGCUCUGUUGUCGGUGUAUGACAAGACCGACUUGCUCGACUUUGCGCGUGCAUUGUCUGAGUCUGGCGUUCGCCUCCUUGGCUCUGGAGGGACCGCGAAGAAAAUUAGAGAUGCUGGGAUCAAAAUCGAGGACGUAUCUGACAUCACGAAAGCCCCUGAGAUGCUUGGUGGUCGGGUGAAGACUCUUCACCCUGCGGUCCACGGAGGCAUCCUCGCCCGUAACAUUCCCUCCGACCAAGCGGACCUCUCCGCCCAAUCCAUCUCCCCAAUCUCCAUCGUCGUCUGCAACCUCUACCCCUUCACCUCCACCAUCUCUAAACCAGACUGCACUCUCCCCGAAGCGAUCGAAGAGAUCGACAUCGGCGGCGUCACCCUCCUCCGCGCCGCCGCCAAAAACCACGAACGCGUCUCCGUCCUCUCCGAUCCGUCCGACUACAAAGAGUUCGUGGCGAAGUGGGAAGCGGGUAACGGAGAGGUCGGAGAGGCAUUGAGGGCGAAGUUGGCGCUGAAGGCAUUUGAGAUGACGGCGAGGUAUGAUGAGGCGAUUAGUGGAUACUUUAGGGAACAGUAUGCGGAUGAGGCGAAGGCGAAGACACAGGGAGAGGGAUUCGAGGGGACUGUGAAGAGGAUGGCGUUGAGGUAUGGGGCUAAUCCUCACCAGAAGCCGGCACAGGCUUUUUGGUUGAUGUUUGGUCGUUUAGUUUUGGCUGGAUCCCCUGGGUACAUUAACCUUCUCGACGGCUUAAACUCGUAUGCCUUGGUCAAAGAGCUCCAAGACGCUCUUGGCCUGCCUGCAGCUGCCUCCUUCAAGCACGUCUCCCCUGCUGGUGCCGCCGUCGGACUUGAACUUAGCGACGUCGAGAAGAAGGUCUACGGUGUUGACGACUUGAAGGAGCCCCUUACUCCCCUUGCAUCUGCUUAUGCCCGUGCACGAGGUGCGGACCGCAUGUCCUCCUUUGGCGACUUCAUCGCUCUCUCUGCGCCUUGCGAUCUCGCUACCGCCCGUAUCAUCUCGAGAGAGGUCUCUGACGGUGUUAUCGCUCCUGGCUAUGCCCCCGAAGCCUUCGAUGUGCUCGCCAAGAAGAAAGGCGGGAAAUACUGCGUGCUUCAGAUGGACCCGAACUACGUGCCGCCUCAGGUCGAGACCCGUCAGGUGUACGGAAUUUCCCUCCAGCAGAAGCGCAAUGACUGCAAGAUCGACUCGAGCCUGUUCGGCAACAUUGUCACCAAGAACAAGGAGCUCCCCGAUGCCGCCAUCACCGACCUCAUCGUCGCCACCCUCGCCCUCAAAUACACCCAAUCCAACUCCGUCGCCUACGCCUUCCACGGCUCCAUCAUCGGUCUCGGCGCAGGCCAACAAUCCCGCAUUCACUGCACCCGCCUCGCAGGCUCCAAAGCCGACAACUGGUGGCUCCGGCACCACCCCCGCGUUCUCUCCCUCCCCUUCAAAAAGGGAGUCAAGCGCGCGGAAAAGGCCAAUGCCAUCGACCUCUUCGUCACCGGCGAGAUCUUGGAGGGUGGAGAGAAGGCGCAAUGGGAGAGUAUGUUCGAGGAGGUCCCGGGCCCAUUGACGGAGGCGGAGAGAAAGGAGUUUUUGGGCAAGUUGGAGGGCGUGGCGUGUUCGAGUGAUGCGUUCUUCCCGUUCCCGGAUAAUGUGCAUAGGGCGAGGAAGAGUGGAGUUAGGUAUCUGGCGGCACCGUCGGGGAGUGUGAUGGAUGAGGAGUGCGUCAAGGCGGCGGAUGAACAUGAGAUGGUGUUUGCGCAUACGUCGUUGAGGUUGUUCCACCACUAG